AUGACUGAUGCCUACGCUCAAGCACGAAUGAACCAUCACGUCUUCUCCAAGCCUCGCAAAGCACUAAGGGGCCCCCAUCGCCCCAUCGCCUUGCGUCAAGAGUACAUCACCGACUCGAAAACAACCCUCGUCCUCAGUCCCCAAGGCGACGCCCAGUCGGUGACGGCGUACAAAGUCAAGGACCAAGAUGGACGGACUAUCUUCACCGCUAGCGGGAAGAUCUCCCUCAAAAGCGCAUGGUACAUUACGCUGCCGGGAGGUGAUCGUGAAGUUACAUUAGCUACGGGCGCUCCGCGACUUGCGCCUGCGUUUGGAAACUUCAGUAUCUCAUUGCGAAAUGCGGCUGCGUCGGACACAAAGUCAGCAGCGGAGAAGGAGCUGACGCUCAUUGUUGAGCGGCAUGGGCGCGUUUUGCAAAGCUUCGAUGUUAUCGAUGGUGACAGGAAGGUAGCGGAAGUGUGCGAGAGUAUACGUCACAACGAGAAAUUGGCACUGAAGGCUAGUUCGCGGAGGGGUCAUCGGCCUGCCCUGGAUGUGGUUAUGACUCCUGGGGUGGAUAUGUCCUUGGUUGCGGUUAUUGCCGUCAUUGCCUCGGAUAGCGUCUACGGUUCAGAAUCCAGCUGA